GUUGCUAGCCGUUAUAUACUUGCCUUGCGGAGACAUCCCUUCGUCGUGCCUUCUCCACGGUGCGCUCCAAGUACCCUAGCGUACAUCGAUGUGUUCUGGAGUUUCUGCACGUGUGACGGCAUGUUUACUUAGGGAGCGGGGUUUAGGGCUAUUUGCAGCAGGACAGUCGGUCGCCGGGCCUGGAUGUCUCCGGUCGACCCUACUGGGGUCGACGGCGACGUCCUGCCUGCCAGCGGUGCCCAGCCGCCAGCACUACAGCAGCAGCAGCAGCAGCAGCAGCAGCAGCAGCAGCACACAACCUCCAAACAGCGGGGACUGGAUCCACAUCAAAGGAAUGCGCUUCCACGGGAGGCACGGCGUGCUGCAAGAGGAGACGCGCCUAGGCCAGCCAUUCGUGGUGGAUGCUAGCCUGCAGGUGGACACGUUGCAGGCGGGCGCCACAGACGACCUAGCCGACACAGUCAGCUACGCAGACGUGUACAAGGACAUCAAGGGCGUCGUCGAGGGCGAGCCCUGCAAGCUGCUGGAGGCUGUAGCGCACCGGGCCUGCGCCGCCGUGCUGGCUCAACACAGCGGCGUGCGGGAGAUGCGGCUGGCCAUCCGGAAGCUGUGCAUACCGGGCGUACCCAGCGUGGUGGAGAGCGUAGGUGUGGAGGUGUACAGGCAUCGAUGACACUACCUGGAUGCAAGCCUGCGCCAGCGAUUGUUGGGUGGGGUCAUCAUUGAGACCUUUUGGUUGCUUCUGUCAUGGGAGUGCGGAGAGGACCCGAGGCAUACGGACAUCGGCUUCCCUGGCGUUGCCGUGACCGGACAUUACACCCGCUACAAGCAAUCACCUGGGGAUUGGGCUCCGGCAGCUGCGGUCGUCAUCCAAUGGGCUAACCCCAUUUCGGAGUUGCAGCAGCUCCGCCACCGCACGGGACGCCCUUUCCAAGACGUGCCCAGGCAUGCCCAUGCUGCCUUGCGCGCGUGUGGAGCCAUGGCAUGAGCAGCCAGGCGAACACAGCUCUGGACGCUGAAAUUUUGCGGGGAGUAACCCUGCGCACCGACAGCACCCAGUCAGUUUUCUAUGCUAGCGGCGGGCGGACAGUGCUGGCGCUGGCAUCUGUAUGCAUUGCAUGUAAGCAGCUAAGCGGGUCGUGCUAAUCUGGUGCACGCGACGGCGCAUGUGGGUUUGUUGGCCGCAGCAUUGUGCUGAAGGAGUGACCAUGCAGAGUGAGGUGCAGUGACUGCAGUCAUCAGGUGCAGUUGUACAGGCCUGGCAAGUCAAAUGGGGCCUAGCAACAUAACAGUGGAGUGUGGUACAUUGGGGAGGCUUUCAACACGCAAAUUGGACAUGCCAGUCGCCUGUUACUUGGGGACUUCCGCCCUUCGUGCCGAGUGUGGCGUUGCGGUGUGUGUGUCUGGUGCCAUCGCCUGGCCGUCGUAUUUCGCGCGGGUACGCGUCCGGGUGACUCAGGAGAGUGUGGAGAUGGUAGUGCAAAGUAUGCGCGGUACAACUCCUGUGUACCGAGCUUGACCCCACGACCAGUAGUAUAAUGUUGGACAGCGUUAGCGUCUGUGUGUGUUUGUGAGCGCCGCUCGCUGCCGCUGGUGUGACCGUCCGGCUUGCAACAAAACCGCGAAACAUGACAGCCGUGGCUAGUGUUAAACAUAAGUUUACACAUGCAGAUGACAUACAAGGGUUCUCCAUGUCGAAAACCCUCAAGAA